AUGUCGACGUCAAACUCUAUUACAACGAAGGCGCCGGCGCCCGGCGCCCCUCCUCUCACUAUGCGAUUCCAAGAAUCGAUAUCACAGCCGGUCGUUGCGGCGUUCUGGGCUGGCGGCGUCGCUGGUGCCGUCUCCCGGACCGUCGUGUCGCCCCUGGAACGACUCAAGAUCCUCAUGCAGAUACAGAGUACUGGGCGAGAGGCCUAUAAACUGUCCGUGGGACAGGCGUUGGCGAAGAUGUGGAAGGAAGAGGGCUGGAGGGGCUUCAUGGCUGGCAAUGGCACCAAUUGCAUCCGCAUCGUCCCGUACUCUGCGGUACAAUUUAGCAGCUACAAUUUUUACAAGAGGAACAUCUUCGAAUCAUCACCUGGUGCGGACCUGGCGCCGCUGACCCGACUCGUCUGCGGUGGUGCCGCUGGUGUGACGUCCGUCUUCUUCACUUAUCCCCUCGACAUCGUUCGGACGCGCUUGUCAAUCCAGUCUGCCAGUUUCACUGAGCUAGGCGAGAAACCGCAAAAGCUGCCAGGCAUGUGGGCUACUCUGGUGAGGAUGUACAAGACGGAAGGCGGCGUGUCUGCUCUGUACCGCGGCAUCAUACCUACAGUCGCAGGUGUAGCACCUUACGUUGGCUUGAAUUUCAUGGUGUACGAGUCGAUCCGCAAGCACCUGACGUAUGAAGGAGAAGAGAACCCAGGUGCUAUGAGAAAACUGCUCGCGGGUGCGAUCUCUGGUGCCGUGGCGCAAACCUGCACAUAUCCCUUCGACGUACUGCGACGACGGUUCCAGAUCAACACCAUGUCCGGCAUGGGCUACCAAUACAAAGGCGUCGCGGACGCGAUCAGGGUCAUUGUGGCCCAGGAAGGAAUCAAGGGCCUCUACAAGGGCAUCGUGCCCAAUCUCCUGAAAGUGGCACCGAGUAUGGCCUCGAGCUGGCUGAGCUUCGAGAUGACCCGAGAUUUCCUGCUGGAUCUGAAACCAGUGGCGGAUUCGAGUUCCUUAUAG